CUAAAUCCUAAACCAAUAAUCCCCUAACUCUUUGUUCCUUGUUUAUAUAUCUCCUCCAUCUGGGUUUUGUCUACUACAGUCCCUUCUUUGGUGCAAAGAUCCCAAAAAUCAAAAAGAUUUGAAGAGCAGAGAGAGAUAGCAGCAGAGAAGAAAAAAAAAAGGAAGAAUCUUUCACCGAUGAGGAUCCGGAAACGACAAGUCCCUCUUCCUCUUUCGUCUCUGUUACCAGUUCCUCUCUCAGAUCUCUACUUUAACCGCUCACCGACGGCCACCGCUAGAUACUUCCUCGGUGGUUACAGAGAUGGAGACGGAGCUUUUGCUUCUUUUCAGCUUUCUCCACCGUCGCCGGUUUCUGAUCGGAGAAAGACGAAGAAGAAGAAGGAGGACAAAGCUCUGGAUGAUGAUGAUGAUGAUAAUGGUGAUGUAGACGUUAAGAGUCGUACCGAUGCAUCGGGCAGCAAGAACGUUCGUUCCCGUGGAGAAUCCGACUCUUCAACUCAAGUUAUCGAGAAGAAUGAGAAGGUUGUUACUUUGAGGAAGAGAAGAGGCUUUAUAAGCUUUGAGGAUUACGAAGAUGAAGAUGAAGAAGAAGAAGAAGAAGAAGCUAGGGGAGGUGGAGGCGGUAGUAAAGGGAAGAAGAAAGGGAAAAAGAGCGGUGGUAGGUUGGAGGAAGGAUCACGGUGCAGCCGCGUUAACGGUAGAGGAUGGAGAUGUUGUCAGCAAACGCUUGUUGGAUAUUCUCUUUGUGAGCAUCAUCUCGGUAAAGGUAGGGUGAGGAGCACGAACAAGAGCGGUGGUGGUCGUGGGGGAGAGAAAAAGGCUGUGGUGGUGGAAGUGAAGAAGAAGAGAGUGAAGCUUGGGAUGGUAAAGGCACGUUCAAUAAGUAGUUUGCUCGGACAAACCAGCACUAGUGGUGGUAAUGCUGCUGAUGUUGAGAGUGAGAUAAGUGCACCUACUGAUCAGUUUGCUGUUUAUGAUAAGUAAGUCUGUUGAUCAGCAUUUGCAUGUAUAUGGGAUAUGUAUAUGUUGUUUAUGUACAUGAUGAUAGCUCUAUGUAAUUGGGUGUGAGAGAACAUGUGUGUGUAGAUUUGAUCGAGGACUUAACUGCCGUUUGCUCUUGCAGCUUAUAUAUUGGUGAAUGUUUUCCUAGU